AUGUUAGAACAUUUAUCUACAGCCCCUUAUGAGCCUAAAAUUCUUUCAUGUUAAAAAUCUGAUUUCCUUUCAGCAACAGAACAUAGUUAACAAUGUUACAUUGCCUAACAAUAUUGCUAACAUGAUUUUCUAUACUUCAAUUAUAGUAUUUUAAGUUAUUGUUGGCUAAAUGGAUCAAUUAUGGUAAAAUAGAACAUUAACAUUUUUAGACAACUUUAAUGGUGUCUGGAUUUGUUGGUUAUUUGGUGUAUAAUGGAAUUAGUGAGAUUAUAAAAGAAUUUCUAAUACCAUCUUUAGAAGCAGUCAAAGUUAAAUUUGAUGUCUCAGAAAUUAUGGCAGGAGUGACUCUACUUGCAUUUGGAAAUGGAGCUGGUGAUGUAUUAACUGCAUUAGUAGCAUCAUCUUAUCCAGGAGGGAUUGAUUAUAAUAUUGGAGCAACGAUGGGAGCAGGAUUUGUAAAAAAUAGAUUGUUCAAUUUAUUUUUAGUUUUUAUGCAGUAUAGGUGUGUAUUUAAUAACGAAAACAUCGAAAUCUCAAAUUAAAAUGGAUCCUGUGCAUUUUUGGAGAAAUGUUGGAUUUCAAAUAAUCUCUAUUUUUGUAAUUAUGGUAUUUGGAGUUAUUGGUUAAAUCUCUUAUUUCUCUAGUAUAUCAUUAACUGUCUUAUAUUUGAUAUUAGUUUCACUAGUAUAUUAUUAAGAAAGAGAUAAAAUAUUGAAAAGUAGAAAAGAUAGUUUGGGUGAAAGAUUGUAGACUGUUCAUGAAGCAAAAUAUGAUUUAGAAAUUGCUUAAAAAUUUGAUGAUAUGAAAUUACUUUAUCUUUGGGAUAAGAAAUCUGAAUAAGAAUUAGCUGCUAAACCAGUUAAAUGGGCUACUCCACUUAUUAGAUUAAAUUAUGUAACAGGAGAUGCAAGAGUGAAGAUGUUAGCUAAAAAGUUUAGAUUUGCUGUUUAAUUAACAAUGGCUAAUAUUGAAACAUAAAGAUAAAAAUGGGAAAGAUUAUCAUUAUAUGAAAAAAUAAGGGCAAUAAUUAUUUAUCCUUUAAUACAAAUAUUUAAAUAUACAUUACCUGGACCAAAAGAAGAUUAAUUUGAUAAAAAUUAAGCAAUAAGUAAAUUUAAGAUAAUUAUUACUAUAGUAUUUCCAAUUCCAGGAUCAAUAUUUUUUGUUUCUGUUGUUUUUAGUUUCCCUCAUUGGUGGGUUUACUUUUUAGCAUUAUUAUUUGGAUUUGGAAUUUCUAUAUUUUUAAAUACUACUAUUCCAUCUUAAAAAACACCUCCAAAAUAUUUUUUCUAUCUUUAAUUAUACUGUAUAUUAGGUUCAUUAGUUUGGAUAUUCUUUUUAUCUGGUUUAUUAAUUGAUUUUCUUCAAUUUUGGGGGAUAAUAACAGAAUUAAAUAAAACAUAUUUAGGUUUUAGUUUAAUUGCCAUGGGAAAUGUACUUCCAGAUUGCAUCACCUUAGUUUCCUUAGCUGAAGAAGGUUAUGGUAAGAUAUAACCCUAUUUAUAGCAAUUAUGGCUUUAAAUGGAAUAUAUUGUAAAAAAUGAUUAAACUAUUUGUAGUUGGUCAAAUGUUUACAAACUUGAUUGGAUUUAGUGUAGCAUUCCUGAAACAAAACUUUGUAAAUAAUGGUCCAAUCAAAUUCAAUUUGUUUAGUAUAAUUGACAUUGAAUAAAAUGCUUUCAAAUUGAUGGUUAUUCUAGCAGCCUUUCUUAAUUUAUUAUUUACAUUAAUAAUGGCAGUCAGAAACCAUUAUAUCAUAUCAAAGUCCAUAGCCAAAUUACUAACUAUUUUUUAUUGUGUUUUUUUUACCCUAUCAUCAUCCUCAGCAUUCUAUCAUGCCUGGACUAAGAAAUGA